GACUUUAAUAAAUAACCCCAUUAAUAAACCCGAUAGGAUUGUUUUGCUAUAUAAAGCUAUAUAAAGCUCGUCUCAGUAAUACCCUGACAACGUAGACAGGCGAGGACUUCCGGGCAACUUUAAAAGAAAUCUGUAUGUUUAUUUCACAACAGAGUUUUCAAUGGAGAAUAACUUGUAACAGAAUUAACAGAAAUGUACAAGUUGUGCUUUUUUUUUUUAACUGGCCCACUGGCCGCAGAUGAGUUGCUCUUGUCAGUAAUGAUUUAGUCCCACUGAGGCAGUUAGUCCAUACAUCAGUCUCUCAAAGACUUGUCUCAGGAUUGUAUCCAAAUCUCUUCUUUUCACAGACCUCUCUUAGUUACCUCACACACACUCUCACUUCCUGCUUCCUGUCUUUGGCAGAGAGCUUCCCUCCCCCCAGGUGGUGACAUCACUCCCACACCUGCAGUGCUAAUUAAAUGCAGAUUGUUCACAGCAUCUGUAAUUCUCUUUACAUUCUGUGUCUCAUAGAGCAUUCUGGGAGAUAUGAACCCUUCCCUCUUCUACACACUGUAUUACAAUAUAUAUAUAUAUAUAUAUAGAUAUACAUUAAUAACUGUAAGGUUUCAUAGUUGUGUACAUCACAGUGAAUGAGCAAGGUGACAUCAUCACAUUGGCCAUUGUGACAUCAUCUCUAUGGCCAUUAUGACAUCAUCAUUCUGGCCAUUGUGACAUCAUCUCUAUGGCCAUUGUGACAUCAUCAGCCUGGAAGCUAUAAAACUGCAGCUGGCACUGAGCUCAUUUCAUCGUAAGAACUUGAAGUGGACACUACUAGUGGACACAUCAUGUAUCUUAAUAUAACUAAUACAAUGUAUCAUCAUUUAUUUAUCAUCAUAAUCGGACUAUUUACUUUAUUUAUGAAUACCACAUCAGCAGUGACGGUUGAGAAUUUCACCUUAUUUAAAGAGAAGCUGACGCUGAAGGCACAUACAAUCAAUGUGAUUCCAUGUAUGUUUCAAACACUGAAACCACUCAACCCACUCAGAUUCCAACUGGAAUGGGGGAAAAUGGAUACGAAAGGUUACACACGUCUAAUCCACCUGCACGGAGACCGCGUGACAGUGGCAUCGCCCGAUUUGAAGGACAAAUACUACAUUUUUGAAAGCCAGGUGGCAAACGGGAUCUGCUCUCUGGUGAUUAAUCCCACAGAGAUGACAGACAGCGGCACUUAUCAGGUCCGGCUGAAAAUUGUAGGAAAGCUGUACGAGCCGGUUCCAUCUAUAGACAUUCAAGUUAAGAAUCAAGACACAGAUUCACGGGGAUUGUUAGAUAAAACGACUGUGCCCCCAACAACUAUUGCAUCAACAGCCGCAGCCACUGUCUCUUUUGAAGACGAGAUCCUCCAAUAUAUUAACUCAAGUGCUAAAAGGGAGACUACGACUAGUAUAAUCCUUGGAAUGCUCCUUGUUGUAGGCGUAAUAGGCUUACUAAUAGCAGUCCAACAAUGUAUGAACAGAAGGCAAAAAAACCCGGCUGGUGACGAAGAAAACCCAUCUAGUGAUGAAGAAAACUCAUCUAGUGAUGAAAAAAAGCCACCAGUUAAGACUUCAAAGAAAGGGAAAGAUAAAAAGAAGAAGAAGAAGAAAAGAGAAAAAAGCAAGUCAGAAAAGUCUUCUGAUGAGAGUGAGGAAAGCGCGUCUAGUAAAUCAGAAGAGAGUGAGGAAAGCGCGUCUAGUAAAUCAGAAGAGAGUGAAAGUGACUAGAACAGGAGUGACUGGACAUCAUUACAAGUAUAUCAUGAGAACAAAGAGAAUUUAGAAGCUUCCUUGGAUAAGAAUGACUUCUUGAUAGAAGAAUAAAUCCUAAAAUUGAAAGACGCUGCUUUAAUUGGAGGAAGGAAGGACUUUUGUCUCUUUUCAGCCUCAUCUCCGAUGUCACUAUGGAAUGAAAAACUGAAAGAUUUUCCAUUUUUUAUUCUAAUCUGUAAAUUCUGUGUCAUUUUAAAAAAAAUAUUUUCAAUAAAACCUAAAUAAUUUUAAAAUUUCUUCUUUGUAUUUGUCUCUUUGAGAUACUAUGUGUAGGGUAUUUUACAUUUGUUUAAAUGUCAUUAACAUGAUUUUGUAAGUAGCAGA